GCACGUCAGCGUUUACUGAGAGUGGUAAUCAAGAAGACGGUAUAGUGAAACUUUCGAACAAGUUCUGGAAUUUGUCUAAACAUUUGAUUUUUCAAAUUUUUAAUUUUGAAAUUCAUACGAAUUGGGUGAUUCUUAUAAAAUGGCAGAAUCAAGUGAACCACACAAAAUUAAGUUAACUGUGAAAACCCCAAAGGAUAAGAAAGAUGUAGAGGUACCAGAAGAGGCCUCAGUUAAAGAGCUGAAAGAAAUUGUAGCAGAAAAGUUUGGGGCAACUUCUGAACAGGUGUGCCUUAUUUUCGCUGGCAAAAUUCUUAAAGAUCAAGAAACACUGAAAGGACAUAACUUGAAAGAUGGCCUCACAGUACAUCUUGUGAUCAAAUCAGUAAAUACAAGCAGGGCUACACAAGAAACAACUAGUAAUGUUUCGUCAAACACAACAUCCCAGCCGUCUACAACUCCUAGCAGACCCACAGAGCCAAGUUCUUCAUCACCCUUUGGGAUUGGUGGGUUGGGUGGACUUGCAGGAUUGUCAAAUAUGGGGUUGGGUUCAGGGAACUUUAUGGAAAUGCAACAGAAUAUGCAAAGAGAAUUACUUUCUAAUCCAGAUACAUUACGCCAAAUGAUGGACAAUCCACUUGUUCAAUCACUCAUGAGCAAUCCUGAUUACAUGAGACAAAUCUUAACAUCUAACCCUCAAAUGCAGCAGUUGCUAGAGCGUCAUCCGGAAAUCAAUCAUGUUAUGAACAAUCCUGAAUUAUUGAGACAAACAAUGGAAAUAGCAAGGAAUCCUGCAAUGCUACAGGAACUUAUGCGUAGCCAAGAUCGAGCGCUUUCCAAUUUGGAAUCGAUUCCUGGAGGAUACAGCGCGCUUCAAAGGAUGUACCGUGACAUUCAGGAGCCUAUGUUCAAUGCUGCUCAAGAACAGUUUGGUGGCAAUCCCUUUGCCGCUUUAGUAAAUAACGCGGGCUCGGUUGCUGGAUCAGCUAAUCCUCAGGCAGGACAAGAGAACCGUGCUCCGUUACCAAACCCCUGGUCUGGACUAUCAUCAACUCAGUCCAGUGGAACUAGUUCUGAGGCAAGAACUACUGGUGAAAAUCGCAGUACGACCACUCCAGCUACCCAGGGCAUGCCGGGCAUGACAGGAAUGCUUAACUCUCCAGGGAUGCAAUCUCUAAUGCAACAAAUUGUUGAUAAUCCGCAGCUUAUGCAGAGCAUGAUGAAUGCUCCUUAUGUCCAGAGUAUGUUCCAGCAAAUGGGUUCAAAUCCACAAUUGGCCGAACAGAUGAUCCUCAACAAUCCGCUAUUUGCGAGCAAUCCAGCUAUGCAAGAACAAAUGAGGACAAUGCUACCAACAUUUAUGUCUCAGCUCAAUAAUCCUGAAAUCCAAAGUUUAGUUACAAAUCCACAGGCUAUGUCGGCGAUGAUGCAAAUUCAGCAAGGAAUGGAACAACUCCGACAAGUGGCCCCAUCGUUUGCAACUACACUUGGACUUGGUACACUUCCUCCGCCUUUGAAUCCUGCUACGAGCACCGUGCCAACUUCUUCGGCUACAACGUCGACAACAUCGCCUCCUGCACCCACAACUACCCAACCCGGUUCUGAUGCUUUUAGCAACAUGAUGGCAAGCAUGCUCACUUCCCUAGCAGGGCAAGGUGGAAUGGGAAGUGGAAUUGGGGGCGUCGGUGGCUCCACCCAACCACCGGAGGAGAGAUACCGUUCUCAGCUGGAACAAUUAGCGGCUAUGGGAUUUAUUAAUCGGGAUGCUAACCUUCAAGCCUUGAUUGCUACCUUUGGUGAUGUCAAUGCUGCUGUGGAAAGAUUACUGCAGAAUCGACCUAUGAUUUAAAUGUCGUCAGAUGAUUCUUUGUUCUUUCUUUCUUUAUUAUUACUUUUUUCCCUACCACUCUUGCCAUUCUUUUCCUUUUACCUAGACAAUUCCUUUCUAAUUCUUUUUGGGUUGAUUACGGAAACGGUUCCCUGUUCUUGUCGAUUCCAACCGCAUUACUUUGAAGACUGUUUACAAGGUACUUUUUUUCUUGUAGUCAGACGGGUUGUAACAAUGAUUUCUUUAUCUUACACCUCUCGUCCACCUAACCAUUUUAAGUUUCCCCUCCCCAAGGUGUUUCCAGACACAUUUCCAAGCCUAUCACUUCUCUCUUUCCUUGGUUGUAUAAUCAGAGAUGUUAGAAUCCAUCCAAUAUAUAAGUGAUCAAAAA